AGUUCGUACUGGAAGAGUUUGUGAGCCGAGCACCUCUCGGCGAUGGGUGAGGAAAUUUCACCCGAGACCGAAGAGGUGGCAGAGCUGCAACUUGAUGCUGUGAUUGGCUUCAAUGGACAUGCUCCCAAUGGGCUCAAAUGCCAUCCUGACCAGGAGCAUCUGAUUUAUCCCCUGGGUUGUACAAUACUCAUUCAGGCAAUAAAUACUCAAGAGCAGAAUUUCCUACAUGGUCAUAGCAACAAUGUCUCCUGUUUGACCAUCUCCAGGAAUGGGGAUUACAUUGCCUCUGGGCAGGUCACGUUUAUGGGGUUCAAGGCAGAUAUCAUUUUAUGGGAUUAUAAGAAAAGAGAGCUGAUUGCGCGGCUGUCACUUCACAAGGGCAAAAUUGAAGCUCUGGCCUUUUCACCCAACGAUCUGUAUCUGGUAUCCCUAGGAGGCCCAGAUGAUGGAAGCGUGGUGGUGUGGAGCAUAGCCAAGCGAGAUGCUAUCUGUGGCAGCCCUGCCGCUGGCCUCAAUGUUGGGAAUGCCACCACCGUGGUCUUCUCAAGGUGCCGGGAUGAGAUAUUUGUCACUGCUGGAAAUGGGACAAUUCGAGUGUGGGAACUGGAUCUUCCAAAUAGAAAGAUCUGGCCAACUGAGUGCCAAACAGGACAGAUGAAAAGAAUAGUUAUGAGUAUUACAAUGGCUGAUGAUGACAGCUUUUUCUACCUUGGCACCACAACUGGAGAUAUUCUGAAAAUGAACCCCAAGACAAAGCUGCUGGCAGACACGGGGCCCAUGAAAGACAAGUACAGUUUGGGAGUGUCAGCCAUCAAAUGCCUGAAGAUGGGGGGUUUGUUGGUGGGCUCUGGAGCUGGACUGCUGGUCUUUUGUAAAAGUCCGAGCUAUAAACCUGCCAAGAAGAUUCAGUUGCAAGGUGGCAUCACUUCUAUCACCCUUCGAGGAGAAGGACACCAGUUUUUUGUAGGAACAGAAGAAUCACACAUUUAUCGGGUUAGCUUCACAGAGUUCAAAGAGACUCUCAUUGCUACGUGUCACUUUGAAGCUGUCCAGGACAUCAUCUUUCCAUUCAGCACCACUGAGCUCUUUGCCACCUGUGCCAAGAAAGACAUCAGGGUGUGGCACACCAUGUCCAACAGGGAGCUGCUGCGGAUCACUGUGCCCAACAUGACCUGCCAUGCCAUCGAUUUCAUGAGGGAUGGCAAGAGCAUCAUUUCAGCAUGGAAUGAUGGUAAAAUCCGGGCCUUCGCCCCUGAGACCGGCCGACUGCUGUACGUCAUUAGCAAUGCUCACAGGAUCGGAGUGACUGCCAUCGCCACCACUAGCGACUGUAAAAGGGUCAUCAGCGGUGGUGGGGAAGGGGAGGUGAGGGUAUGGCAGAUAGGCUGCCAAACCCAGAAGCUGGAGGAGGCCCUGAAGGAGCACAAAUCCUCUGUGUCCUGCAUUCGGGUGAAGAAGAACAACGAGGAGUGUGUCACGGCCAGCACGGACGGCACCUGCAUCAUUUGGGACCUGGUGCGUCUUAAGAGAAAUCAGAUGAUCCUGGCCAACACCUUAUUCCAGUGUGUGUGUUAUCACCCCGAAGAGUUCCAGAUCAUCACUAGUGGGACAGAUAGAAAGAUUGCUUACUGGGAAGUAUUUGAUGGGACAGUUAUCCGAGAGUUGGAGGGUGCCUUAUCUGGCUCAAUAAAUGGUAUGGAUAUUACACAGGACGGAGCAUACUUUGUCACAGGUGGAAAUGACCAUCUGGUCAAAGUCUGGGAUUACAACAAGGGUGAGGUGACUCAUGUUGGGAUGGGGCACAGCGGCAACAUCACUCGUGUCCGGAUAAGUCCAGGAAAUAAGUACAUUGUGAGCGUAAGUGCCGAUGGGGCUAUUCUCCGAUGGAAGUACCCCUAUGCCUCUUAAGCUGCCAGGACCUCCACUGUGCUGUGUGCGGUUCUGCGGACUGACUUUGGAUAUUCCAACGCUAGCCUUCAUGUCUCACCUCUCACUUUUGGCUCUUUGGUCAAAAUGUUUUAUCUCUAGAUUUCUCCUUUCUAGAACACAUCUUGUUUUCUUAAACUGUACCUUUAAAAAAAGAACAAUUUUUUUCUAAAUCUAUACUUUAAAAUUGAAAUAUGCUCAAGAAUAA